GGCUCUCUCUUCAGAUUCUAAUCCAGCGCGCCUCACACUCCUCCGGCCGCCAGCUUUGCAUUUUCAAUUCUCGGCAUAUAGACAAGCUUUGGAAAAAAGAACUUGACAACUAAAGGCACUCAAGAAUAAUUGGGGAAACCGUGUUACAAGAAAGACAAGCAUCCACACCGAUGUAGGUGUUACUGGAGUAACAUGCUGAAUCUCCUUAAGUCGCACUAUCGCCAAACGAAGAUCGUGAAAUGGGAAUCCUACGCAGCAGCAACUCAUCUUCCUAUCUUCUUCUCUUCUCUUUUCCUAUAUAAAGAACUCAUUUCUUCACCAUUCUUCUUCUAUAAGAGAUUCGCUGGAGCAAGCCGUGGUGUUCGCAAAGAGUUUCGUCGUUCAAUCGCCGGAAUCAUUGUUUAGCUUUAAGGUUAAUAGAAUGAAUGAUGUGACGUGAU